GAUUGCUCUAACUGGCAGGUUAGAGUGAGUCAGUCUGUUGCAACCACCUGUCCUUGACGAAUGUCUGUGCAGUGACGGCUCCUUGUUUACUUAAUGACUAAUGAUUAGAUCGGGGGGUUCUGUUCCCCAAAUGACUCAGUAAUUUGCAAGAGAACACUGCUGAUAUAAGGAGCAGCCUGACUGAUACUCAUUCAGCUAGAAAACAACAUAAUGAAGGCCUGGUGUGCCCUUGCUUUCCUCUGCUUGGCAUAUUUCUGCCACAGUGCUCAGUCCUGCCCUGCUUUUUGCAAAUGCUACGCCAGAAGAACCGAGGUGGUCUGUCACGAGGUUCCUCUGACGGAGUACCCCACCGAGGGUCUCCCGAAGAACACCACCUCGCUGACGAUCCAGUACACAAAUAUCACCUCCAUCUCUGAGGAGCACUUAAGCGCCACACCCCUGCUGCAAGAGCUCCACUUGUAUAGCAACCACCUGCAGCAACUUUCCUCUAAUCUCCUCAGGGGCGUUCCUCACCUCCACACCAUAGAUCUCACAGACAACAAACUGGCUCACCUGCCUGCGGACGUCUUCAGCCACGCCCCGCUCUGCAGCUUGGUGCUGAAGAACAAUCAGAUUGAAAAAGCAGAUGCAGAGUGGUUUCCUGAUAACAGCAGCCUCACCUGGUUGGACUUAUCUGGGAAUCAUUUAAGGAAGAUCCCAGCUACUUUCUUCCAGAAGCUGCCACACCUUGAGAAUCUUGACCUUUCCGACAACCGCCUAGAAACAUUCCCUGCAGAUUCUCUGGACCUGCUGACCAAACUUGAGAGGCUCAACCUGCAGAGCAACAAACUGGACACCCUGGAUGCAUCUACAUUUCAGAGCACCCGCAAUCUCACCCAUCUGUUCCUUGCUCGGAACAAGCUCAGCAAAAUCCCACAGAACCUUUUUCAGGAGCUCACGCAGGUCAAAGUCCUGGGACUGGAUGACAACCAGCUGAGCCACAUCCCUCCUGGUUUGCUGGACCAGUUGAAUUCCCUGGAUGACGAGAGUCUGGACCUGUCUGCCAACCCCUGGCUGUGUGAUGGGAAGGUGGAGUACCUCUGGAGGUGGCUUCAGAAGAACAAGAAGAAGGUUUUCCUGCCAGAGACCAUUGUAUGUGCUAAACCUCAGUCUCUGUCAGCGCGCUCAGUAAUGUCACUGACUGAGAGUGAACUAAACCCCCAGUCUUAACAUUUUCCAUACUCAUAUUAGUUAUUUGAUAUGGUAAUGCACCCAAUUCAGGCUGUCACAGCUGUCUGACAUUUCAGUGAAUGAAACACUUUAUUAGUGUAACCCAAGAAUAUAAUUAAAUAUGAUGUGAAUAAAGCAUUUAGGAAUUUC